AUGAUUGCGGACGCCAUCAGCUGGGUUCUACAAACCCAGCUCGCCCCCCAGAUUCUCGCCAACAGACUCGGUCUCCUCAUGCACAACAAGCGACGAGUCAAAUACAUGAAGAUAGGCCUGCUCGUCUUCAUCGGCAUCUUCAACCUCUUAUACAUUGGCUUGUGGAUCGCCUUUACGGUGAAUCCCACUAUCCUGGUCGUGGUUAUUAACAGAUGGAUGACUCGGCUGGAUAUAGUCAUCGAUCUGCUGGUCAACGUUGUGCUCGAUGCGACUUUUCUCAUAAUCAUCAAGCGUGAGCUCAUUGCCGGCGGCCUAGUCAAAUAUCGGCUUUUGUUCAAUUGCGGUGUGGCGGCUGUGUGCCUUUCGAUAUCCUUGGAUAUUUGA